UAACUGCGGCUCACAGCGGAUUUAUUGCACCACACGAGCCAAGAGGAGCCCAGGAGCGGGCUGCGUGUCGACACGGAUGAGGAUAUAGCAUCUUUGAGGGAGGCUGUUUGCAGACCCCCGGACACAGACAACACAGAGACAGACAGAAAGAAGUCCCGGAGCCGCCGCGACACCAGCGAGCGAACUUGGCUUCUCUGCCCGGUGGGAGGUGUCAGUCUGUCGGCCGUUGCUCGCUGCGCGCACCGCUCACAGCUCCUACCUUUUUCCAGUAGCGGGAUACGGUUGUAGCUAAGUUAUGUUUUUGUAAAUAGCUUCUUUUUUUCGGGGGGUUUUCGGCAACCAACUGUGGCUUUAAUGUGACGCACUAACGCUACUGACAUUAGUGUGUCCGCGCGGACCCCCCACUGCAGAGGAGUUAACGGCUGUUAAAUCAAGUUUUUCUCCCUCAUAUGUCUCCGGUGCCGCUGCAGCCCACACGGAUGUAAAAGUGACAAGAGCCAAAGCGGAUCAAGCUGGGCCAGGCUAGGCCAGGCUAGGCCAACCUAGCCUUCUGUCUGGCCUUACCGGACGGUCCAGCAACCUCUCCGGGGAGUCCCAUCUUCAACGAGGAGUGGGGGCUUCAGCCUGUUCGUGCACGGACCUCCUGGUCAAGCAGUAACAGAUUGGAUUCCAGUCAUAUUUUGACUUGUCAGCCUUCGGGAGGCCAUACUGGUCUGUUCAACCUCCAGUCGUUCCAUGUCGUUGUCAUCCCUCUCUGGAUGUUGGCACCAGGAUGGAUUCGGGUGUUAAUUUGACAGUUUUCACCUCAUUGCAGUGCUUGCACCCCCCCUCCUUUGACUGCCUUUCAUCCCUUCCCUCCCCAGUCUUCAAGCGAAAGCCCCUUCCCCUCUCUCGGGGCUUCCCUGAGCCCCGCACAGAAGGGCCUUGUAGGAACUGUAGGUUGUCUUGUUGAAACGGUUGCAAAGAGGAAGUAGAGUUAAUAAAUCCUUGCUAAAAAGCAAAACCAAACAACUAAAGAACACAAUGAAAACUGCUGCAUUCAGUUGAUUGAUUUAUUUUCUGUCGCCCACCCCCUUUGUUUUUCCUUGAGUUUGAUUAGAGGUUUUCAGAAGUGGAGAUCUGUGCCGGCAUACACACAGUUUACACAUAGAUUUCUCACAUGAAAUAAGUCCUUAUUUAUAUGUACAGAAUUUCUCUUUGGUGGUCCGAGCCUUGGUGAGGAAUGUCUGAAAGCAGCAGCAGCAGCAAAGCGGUGAAAUUCAUUGCUCCGCCCCCCCCUCCUCCUUCUGCCUCUCCCUGCCCAUCUCCCCAGACCCCCCAUAAAAAUGUGAACGGCUCUGCCAGUUCAGACUCGCACGUGGUGGAGAAGCUAACCGGACACCCGGAGGUCCAGCGUCGGCGCCACACGAUGGAUAGAGACUCUAAAACAGCCGAGCACCGUUUCUUCCGCCGGAGUGUCAUUUGUGACUCCAAUGCCACAGCUUUGGACCUGCCCAGCAAAGCAGCUGUGAUACUCACCUCCCCUCCAGACUUUGAAGGGCCUCCCACCUUCUUCCCUCCGCAGCCCUCCGGUCCUGGACCUGGGGUACGUGAUGCUGAAGGUGGGGUGGUCCCAAAAGGUCCCUAUGUGCAAACAUUGACUGCUCAGCCCAGUCUUGGGCUUGGUGGGGCAGUUGCGGAGGUGCACAUACGAAACGCUGAGGAAAAUUUAGUCGUGGGCAGCAUCACGGUUGCUGUUCCCACGAGCAGCGGUGUUGAACAUAGUGCAGAUGGGGCAGUAAAAGAGCCCAGCCCGACAGUAUUGGAUGUUACGGACAAGACAGCAGGCAAACAGCCUGAAGUCAUAUUGCGUCCCAGAGGGUCAGAGAACACAGAACAGGUGGCGAAAGACAGAAAAGCGAUAGAACGUGCGGACGAGGGUAGCGCUAGUAGUCCGAGCGAGGAGAAAGAGCGGGAGGCGGAGGAGGAGAGGGGCCUGGCGAAAGCGCGGGCAGAGCAGAGGGAGGCCGAGAAACGAGUGCAAGAGGAUAUAGAGGAGGUGGAGACAAAAGCCGUGGGGACCUCGCCGGAUGGACGCUUCCUCAAAUUUGACAUCGAGAUUGGAAGAGGGUCCUUUAAGACGGUGUACAAGGGGCUGGAUACGGAGACCACUGUGGAAGUGGCAUGGUGUGAACUCCAGGAUCGCAAGCUGUCCAAGUCGGAGCGUCAGCGUUUCAAAGAGGAAGCCGGAAUGUUGAAGGGUCUCCAGCAUCCUAACAUUGUCCGCUUCUACGACUCCUGGGAGGGACCAUGCAAAGGAAAGAAAUGUAUUGUUCUGGUCACUGAGCUCAUGACAUCUGGAACGCUUAAAACCUACCUGAAGCGCUUCAAAGUGAUGAAAAUCAAGGUUCUGCGCUCGUGGUGCAGACAGAUCCUGAAAGGCCUCCACUUCCUGCACACCAGAGCCCCUCCCAUCAUUCACAGGGACCUGAAAUGCGACAACAUCUUCAUCACAGGGCCCACGGGCUCGGUGAAGAUAGGGGACCUGGGUUUAGCCACGCUGAAGAGGGCCUCCUUUGCCAAGAGCGUCAUAGGAACCCCAGAGUUCAUGGCUCCAGAGAUGUACGAGGAGAAGUACGAUGAAUCUGUCGACGUGUACGCCUUCGGGAUGUGUAUGCUGGAGAUGGCUACCUCGGAGUACCCCUACUCCGAAUGUCAGAACGCUGCCCAGAUCUACAGGCGGGUUACGAGUGGAGUGAAGCCUGGCAGCUUUGACAAGGUAGCCAUUCCUGAGGUGAAGGAAAUUAUAGAGGGCUGCAUCAGAACGAACAAGGAUGAGAGGUAUGCCAUAAAGAUCCUGCUGAACCAUGCGUUCUUCCAGGAGGACACGGGGGUCAGGGUUGAACUGGCAGAGGAGGAUGAUGGGGAAAUGAUUGCCAUCAAACUCUGGCUCAGGAUAGAAGACGUCAAGAAGCUCAAAGGCAAAUACAAAGACAACGAAGCCAUCGAGUUCUCCUUUGACCUGAACAAGGAUGUCCCUGAAGAUGUGGCCCAGGAAAUGGUUGAGUCCGGCUACGUCGCUGAGGGUGACCAUAAGACCAUGGCCAAGGCCAUCAAGGACCGUGUGUCUCUGAUCCGGAGGAAGAGGGAACAGAGGCAACUGGUACGAGAGGAACAGGAGAAGAGGAAACUGGAGACUGAGCAGCAGCAGCAGCAGCAGCUGCAGCAUCAACAACAACAACAACAACAACAACAGCAACAACAACAACAACAACAACAAGAGGCGCUCAAACCUUCACACACACAGGCAGAUGCAGAGGAGACUGAAGUGGAGCAGCAACAGCUUCACUACCAGCAGACCGGCAUCUCACACACAUCUGAAGGAGGUUUGGACAGCGGCCAGGGUUCCUCAGUUUUCUCCUCAGACUCCCCCCACCUGGGACAGCUGACCAUGUCUUACAGCUGCCCCCCCUCCACCCAGCCCCCCUCCCAGCCCCAAACCCCCUACCCCUCCGCCCCCUCCGCUACCCCGCAGCAGCAGCACCCAGGCUACGCCCAGCCGCCGCAGCCAAUGCCUGCGUUGCGCCGUCGUCGAAGUCGUAGCAUGUCUGUUUGCGUCCCCCCGUCCUCCUACUCAUUCUCCCAUGCUCCUCCACCCCUGGCUGUUCCUCCAAAGCAGCCCUCCACCCCUCCUCCAAACGUGUCCUGCUCAUCCUCCUACACCACCACCUCCCCCUGCAUGCCUCUCGCAGCUGAGAGGGACACAUUCGCUGGGCGCCUCUCCAAGGCCCUGGAGACGGUCCUGCCGCUUCACUCUGCCCCCUCUCUGCCCAGGGCCAGACAGCGGAGGGCCAGCCUACCUGCCCUGUUCUCCACCCCUCAGCAUUCAAUGCCGCACCCCUACAGUGGAGGAGCAGGCGGAGGAGCAGGAGGGAGCAUCCCCCUCUCAACUCUCCCAGACCCCACUACUAUUUUCUUCCCCUCCAUCCCCGAGCGGCCCAUUUCUUUCUCGCCUCCCCCCACGGGGCCUCCUAAGGCCUACAACACCCAGAGACGCAAGAGCACGUCCAUUCUCGAGGCGCAUACCCGACACUUCCAGCCUGCCUACACUCGCUAUGGGAGCAGCCUCCAUCCCUUCUCUGGCAUUGAGGGAGCUGAGACCCCCUCUCUCUUCAUGGUAAAUCCCGGGUUUGCAGCAGCCGCUCAAAGACUUGGUGUUGGGGAGCCGCUGCAUCUCCCAGGACAAUCUGACCCGAGUAUGUAUGGCUACAAAGACAUGAGAGCAGAGCAUGAGGAAGCAGUGAGGAGAUUAAGCCUAAAUCAAGCUGCCCUAUUGGACCAUUAUGAAGCAAUGGCUUAUGGAGGAUACCCAAUGACUGCUCACCAGCUUGGCCACUUGAGUUUCCAUCAGCAGAGGCAAGCAGCAGCUGCAGCUGCUAGUUUGGGUUUUGAUCCAGUUCCUCCGCCUCAACCAGGGUUCUUGCACCCACACAUCAUGCAAAGAAUGAGUGCCCACAGCCCACUCCCUCCACCCUUACCUCCCAUGAGUGUGUCCACAGGUGGCUCCGUUUCUUCCUCUUCAUCUGAUGGAUGCUAUCCUCCACAGCACGCUUCACCCUCCGCUUUCCCUAUUUCCGCACCUCCAGUAAUAGCCGACACCCCGACGCCGGCUGGAAGCGUCUUUGAGUUCCAUUUGGCUGCAGCCGCCGCCGCCGCCGCAGCUGCAGGGGGCUUGUCAGGCGACCCGAGCCUCCUUGCAUCCAGACUUUUCCGAGCCCGAAGGAGCUCCAUGGACCUCCCGCUGGAGGACAACACUGGAACUGGAUCAGGUGGUUCAGGCACGUACAGCCGUCUGCAGCCGGUAACAGAAGAGCUGUACUCAUAUGUCAGUCCCGAGCUCCCCUUACCUCCUGGAAGUCUCCUCCUUCACCACACAGGUUUAACCACAAAAGACAGAAGCCCAGAACCUUCUAGUGACUCUUUGGCCUCCUCUGACGCCGGGGAGUUCCAGUCGCCUCCUCCCCCACCACUCCUCCCUCCAUUCGACUCCUCAGCUGCUCAGUCCAUCCCACACUCAUCCUCCGCUGCGCUCUAUGAUUCACCCAGCGGAAUCUUUCCCAUAGACCCCCAGGGACAUCCACCCUCCAUGCAGAGCUUUCUCCCUCCCACCCCAUCCUCUGAGCUCCCGCUUGGGGGGGCAUCAUCAUCCCAGCUGGAGUCUCUGAUCCAGAGUGCCUGGGCCCGGCAUGGCGGGGUGAUACCAGCCCAACCCGAUAUGACAUACCAUGAGUCAUUGCUGGCCAUGCAGGCUGCUAACCCCACUCUGCAGCAGGUUCAGGCUCCCACCCCCCAGCCCUCUCCAGGGCCCCCUUUGGUCCCCGCCACUGCCCAGACAGCUCCUCCUGGCACCUCCCAACAGGUUGUUUCAUCCAAUCAGAGUAUCACAUCCGUUCAGAGCCCUACACACACAUCUCUGCAGCAGGCGUCUGCACAGUCCGCCUCUCAGUCUUCAGAGCUGUCCCAGUCCCAACUGCAGCCACCUCAAGUUCUCUCAUCCAUAGAGAGUGGCCACUCUGAGACUUCAGGUCUGAGCGACGGCAACGAGGGAGGAGGAGGAGGCGGCGGAGGAGGAGGGGGUCGCCAUGAAGGUCGCUCCACCAAGCGACAUCAGAGACGUUCCGUACGAAGUCGGUCACGCCAUGAGAAGCUCUCCAAGGCGAAGCUCAAUGUUCUUAAUAUCUCCAACCGAGGAGACCGUGUAGCGGAGUGUCAGCUGGAGACCCAUAACAGGAAGAUGGUGACCUUCAGGUUUGACCUGGAUGGAGACAACCCAGAGGAGAUCGCCCAGAUCAUGGUUCAGAGUGAGUUUAUCCUGGAGAGUGAGAGGGAGUCGUUCAUUGAGCAGGUCAGGGAGGUGAUAGAGAACGCCGAUGAGAAGGGUCUGGAGAGGGACGCAAACAGUCAGAUGGCAGGUGAUAAGGAGCAGCAGAUUCCUGCCAUAUCUGUCCCCAUGCCAGACAUCCCUCCCAGUGCAACAGCACAGGUUGUCCACUCAGCAGGUCGGAGGUUCAUCGUCAGCCCCGUACCUGAAGCCAGGCUGAAGGAGCAAAUGUUUCCCCCCUCGCCUUCUCCUGUCCCUGCACCUCCUGUCGAAACAGUUCCUCCUGCCUCAGCUCCCGCUCCAUCUCAGACUCCAGGCCAAGGUUUGGCCUUGUCCCAGUCUGCCGGAGCAAUCAGCUUACAACAAGCCUUCUCCGAGCUCAGACAGAGCCAGAAUCAGUUCGAUGCUGGGCCCAGCACCGCCCCGGCCUCCAUCCACUCCACCCAUCCUCCUCUGCAGCCUGCGGCGGCUUCUGUCCCCUCACAGGCUAGCACAGUCACACCCGCUGUGGAUGCUACUGCCGGACUUGUCCCUUCGAAUUUAAACCAAGCACAGGAGAAGGUCUUGGAGCCCCCUUCCUCCUCCUCUUCCUCCACCCCUUCCCCUGUGCCCGCUGUCUGUCUCAGUCCUCCGUGUUCCUCCUCCCCUCCUUCCACUGUGGUGAAUCAGUCCAUCCUUCAGUCACAGGUACUGUCCCAGCCGGGGAUGCCGGCUGUGUCUCAACCCCAGGGACAGGUGCAGGUCCAGGGGCAAGCACAAAUUCAGCCCCAGGCUUUCACACAGCCUCAGUCUCAAGCGGGUUCUGCUGUCAUUGCUACUUCAGUUCCUUCCACUUUACCGCCGGCCAGCAUCCCCCCAACAAUGCUCACCUCCCCUCCUCCCGCCCAGACUGCUCCCCUUGUAUCCUCCCCUCCCUCCUCCACUCUUACGUGCAGUGAAGUCUCCUCCGAUCGUCCGUCGGUCUCUUCCACCUCCCCCUCUACCCCUUCUCUCUCCUCCUCUGUCAUACCCACUACUGCCAUCCCAAGCCCCCAGCUAGCUCCCUCUGCCUCCCCUCAUCCUACCCCCCCUCCCUCCUCUUCCUCCUCCUCCUCCUCCACUGUGGGGCUCCAGCCGGUGACCACCAAUGUUCCUUCAGUCCAGCCAACCUUGGUCCACUCCCAGCCCCAGACAGCAGCCCUGCCAGGGCAGACGCACACACACUGUGGGGAAUGCGAUGCAAGAUGUGAGGCCUCCACUGAGUCCCAAGGAAAACCGGACGACAUCCAAGCCCUGGAGAAGAAGCUGCGCUCUCUCUUCAUGGACCUCGGUGGAGGGGUGCCACCCGCCCAGGGAGACAUCUUAGCUGCCGACCCCGCCUCUGGAGCCUCCGCGGCAGGCACCUCAUCCCCAAUGGGACCCUGCUCUACCUCCGGCACGUCUGUUACAACGCCUGGCUCCAGCCAAGCAGCCAAUCCUCCCCAGCCACCCUCCAGCCUAGUGCUGGGGUCCCCUGCUCCAAUCCAGGGCCCUGGAACACCUGUCUCCACCCCUGCACAGAUUGCUUCUACAGUCGUCCCUGCUUCAUCCUUUGGCCAGACCACUCCAUCCAAAACCCCCUUAUCCAGGGUACCGGCCAGUUCUCCUUCUUCAGAACUCCUGCCAUCUUUCCCUGGACCCUGUCUAAUACAGUCCCAGCAGCCUCUGGAGGACCUGGAUGCUCAGUUGAGGAGAGCGCUGAGCCCAGAGACUGUUCCUGUCAGCACACACACACAGGCCUCUCACAGUGGCGUACCUUCAGUGGGACAGAUUCCCUUCUCUAUGGAGGAAGAAACUGUGUCCUCUCCUCGUCCUGGAAUUAAACUGGGACGAUUUCAGGUCUCGUUGGCUGCUGAGGAGCCUCCAGUCAAACGCCCGGCCUGCACCGAAUCUUCCUCCACCACCUCCUCCUCCUCCUCCUCUUCCUCCUCGUCCUCCUCCAGCCUCUCCAGCCCGGAGAAUACACUGCACAAGGACUCCUUGUCUCCUCUGAGAGCAGGAGGAGGAGGAGGUCAAGGAGGUGACGUUGUGGACGGACUCCCCCACAGGACUCAGGGAGGGUCCCACCACCCGUCCCCCUUCACUUCCCCCUGCCCCUCUCCUAAGCCCACCACCACCAUCGGACGCUUCCAGGUCACCACCAACACCGAGGCCCGCGUGGGCAGAUUCUCAGUCAGUCGUGCCCAGGAGCAGAACCUCGAGUCCAGGGGGACCCCUCCGCCCGCUGCCCAGGCUGCUAACGGACCCAGUGAUCCCGUGCAGAUUUUGAGUCCAGACCUCACCCAUAAAGCCUCGCUGCCGAGCCUGAACAACAACUCCUUCAAUAACUCCUACAUCAGCAGUGACAACGACUCUGAAUUUGAGGAUGAAGACUUCAAACGCGAAGUCAGCCGCCUCCGAGAAAAGCACAUGCGUGAGAUUCAGGCCCUGCACUCCCGCCAGAAGGAGGAAAUAGACAGUCUCUUCACCAAGCUGGGAAAGGUUCCUCCGACCGCAGUGCUCCCUCCAGUCAUAACGUUGACCGGCCGGAGGAGACGACCUACCAAAAGCAAAUCCUCCAAAUCGUCCAGAACCAGCUCCACGCAUGGCAGCAAGAGUCCGUUACAGCCAGGCAGCACUUUGUCUGCCCAGAGCGUCCCCACCAUGUACCCUGGCCAGCUGGCUCUGUUGGCCCCAGGAGGAUUAGCCGAUUCGGGCAGCAGCACUCUGCUCCAGCCGCUCAAACCCUCUCCCUCCAGCAACAACCUGUGCUCGGCCUACACCAGCGAGGGGGCGCUCUCUGUGCCCAGCCUGUGUGCUCCCACCCCAGGGACUAAUAGCACCAAUGCUGUGAGCGGUUCAGGUGGUCUGGGUCAGAGCCAGGGGGGUUCUCAGUGUCUGCCCCCGAACAUGUCGGCCCCCCACCAGAGGAAAGGCACCUUCACCGAUGACCUCCAUAAACUGGUGGACAACUGGGCCAGAGACGCCAUGAACCUCUCACAGGGGAAGAGGAGUGCCAAACAGCUGCAGCAGGCCCCAGCGCAGGGACACAGCUACGAGGUUAUCCAGUCGGCCAGUCUGGGCAGGAAGUACUCUGCUCCCAGCCAGCUGUGUACCAGCAGCAUUGGAGGUUCAGCCCACCUCCCUUCAAACCCCACCACCGCUACCUCUCUGGCCGUCCGCAAGGGCUCCCUGUGCCAGCCCCCUGCCUCCUCCACUCCACCUCAACCCCAGCCUCCCCAGUUUAUCCACUACACCCCCACCGCCGCUUACAGCGCACAGUGGUCCGGACCGGCUCACGGCCUGUCAACCCCACACCAGGCCCCAGCGCAGCCCGGGCCUCUACUUGUCAGCACCUCCCAGCCUCUGGGCCCCUACCCCACCACGGUUGGCGGACAGGGCCAGAUUCCCGGGCAGGGGCCUCUCCAGGCUUUCCACCUGACCAGCGCUCUGCAGAAGUCAGUCAGCAACCCAGGAGGACCCAACCUGAGGACCACGUAGGGCUGGGGGUGAGGGCUGGUUUGAAUCACGGCCCGACUGGACUGGACUGGUGUGGAGCAGAGUGUCGUGCGCUCGAGCGGCCGGAGAGGAUGGAGGAACCGGAGGGAGCGUGCGGAGCGAGGAGUUUGAAAUGACGGAAGCUGACCUGUUCGAGAGGAGAAAAGAAAACUAGGAAACGAGGAGGAGAGAAGAAACCAGGAAUCAGCUCGUGUGAUGCAUCUCGCUGUCGCAGGCACAAAUACAGUCACACGAUCUCCCUCCCUGCUGUGUUUGACUGUGUUUGACGUGUGACAGCCAGCCAGAUGCUCGAGGAUAAAGGAAAAGACUUGGAGUGCAAUGUUAUAAGGCCAAAGAGGUUCUGACAGGGUGCGGGACUGGUGUUAAUAGCUGUUUGUAUGUGAGGUUUUGUGUAUUGGCUCGGGUCACACUUGUUCCAUUUCACGCUAAAUCUAAAUUGAGUGAACAAGUAUUGACCAGGUAGGUCACACCAUCACCUGUGAGACAGCGGAGGGGAGAUGUCAGAUCAGGUGGAGGGGGAGGAAUGUGGUGGCCAGCUACCUCUGAAUAGCUUCUAAUGCUGCACUUGCUGAAAAUAUGUCCACCUUCUAGCUCUCAGUGCUAAAGAAGACGACGUUUUCCCAAAUGUAACCCGGAGAUUACAUCGGCGCUCUGUAGAGAGGUACAGGUGCAUGCAGAGGGGAGCACGGCUGGCCAUCACAUCGAGGCUCUUAAUGUUCAGUGUCAGCAUCAAACGAUGCACAAGAGGCUACAUCAGCCUGAACUCAAGAGCUUUUCUGCCAGCAGUUUGCAUCAUUCUGCAACCCUUAAGUUCAUGCAUGCAAGGAAGCAGCAGAUAAAAGCUUUGAGAGCAGAAUGGAGAAAUGCUCAGAGCAGCAUCAAGUUCAGGGGGUGGUUUUUCUUCAGCAUUCAGAAUUUGGACAUUUUCUUAACCAUUGAAAGCACAAAAAAAGAAAAAAAAAUCCAAAUCUAACGCACACUGAGGAUUUGAACGCCUGGAGCUGAGCUGACCUCGAGGAUGCUUUAGAGUAGGCACAGUCCAGCCCUCGGCGGGGUUUGGACUCGUCAGCCACUCCUCUGUCACGUCCGUGUCUUGUUCCUCCCUCGUUUGUUUGUCCGCCAUUCAAACAGAUGGAGGGAGAUGGAGGAAAGCGGGUGAAGAGGCGGCAGCAGAGCGUUUGUGUUAAGUCAAACACCUCAUCUGGUUUGUGUUCCUCUGCUUGCCCGCACACCAUCGCUGAAGUCCUGAAAGAGCACGGCAGAUGCUUCUGCACACCAAACGCCUCUUCACCGUCACGACUCCACCUCGUCCUCCAUCCCUCUGUCCGCCUCUCUGUUGCCAUUUGAAGCAAUAACAGCAGAAACCUUUUAGAGGAGAAAAAAAAAAGCCCAAACACGAGUGAACUCAGUGUGAAAAAGUGGCCUUGUUAUCAGAAUAAUAUAGAGUCCCUGUACAGUUUGUGUCUGUUCAUUUUUCAGAAUGUCAGCUUUGAUGAUUCCAUUUUGUUGUUUUAUUUCGGUUUUGUUUCAUUGGGUUUGUUUUGCUUGCUGCCCCCAGCUCGCAAUCUGACACACACACACACACCCACAAUGCAUGAGACAUUCAUAUAAGCACACACACCUGCAUGCACACACACACACACACAGUCAUGCACAGACUCAUGUAAAUACACGCACAUUGUUGGAGGCGUAGCAGCCGUUUAACAGAUUCACAGACUAAUGCCUCAGUUCUCAUCAUUAGGUUGGUUUCAACAUUCGUGUUGAAAUGAUUGCAAUGUACAUUAUUGUCAUGAUUAUUGUUGUUAAUGAUUAUUAUUCUAUUUAAAAAGAAACAAAAACAAGAGCGUGUUCCGUCGAUGGACCUGUUGUACGCGCACAUCGGUGUACGAUGUGGAAACACUGUGAUUAUUGUUGUUUAUUAUUAGCAAAUGUUGUUGGACAACAUUAGUUUUAGGGUGAAAUGUCAGAAAUUACAAAAAAAGAAAAAAAAAUAGCAUACAGAGAACGGCUGUGGGGUCCUUUCACUUUCAAUUCACUGCUUUCAGCGAUUCUCAUCAAAAUGUGAAAAUUGAAAAUCCCUCUUUUCAAUAAUCGUCCCUGCGCCCAGUCACUGAGGACACGACCCAAAACAGAUGCCUUACCGACAACUAAUCAACUGCGGUUUCAGUUCGUCUUUAUAACUGAUUGAAUUGAAAGUCGAAACUGACCUCCGAGCCGGAUUAUAAAGACAAGCUGGGGUGGACGGCAGGAUAGUUGAUAUUUAGAUGAUAAAGUAAUGCUAGCUAUUUUUUUCUUAAUACAGUACUUAUAUAUCAGACACUUUAAAUAGCCCUCCUCUUUCCCUUUCUCGUCUGGUUUUCGUUAGAUGAAUGUGAAUGUAUAAACCAAUGGUGUCCAUUUUAAUGUACUUGAAAAAAAAAGUCUGUCUUUUAUUUUUGCUUUCUUUCGCUCCCCCUGACCCCCUCACCUUAGAGCCUCCGGUGAAUACUGGAGGUACUUACUAGUGCCUUGCAUCCUACCUGUUGCUUGUUUCGUUGGAGCGUGGACGACUCGGGUUAAAGUAAGCACACUUAACAGCACGUGUGGAGAGUUUUGGGGCGUCGCUUUGAAGCCGGCGGUAGCGGGUGGAGCUGGUGUCAGUGGAGCGGGCGUUCAGCGGAUGAAUCAUUGAAGGAGAUGCAGGAAUAACGCUGUUAGCUGUGACUGUGGGCGCUGCAGCCGGUUUGUGGUUAAUUCCCUUUGGUUUCAUCUGAGAGUGCAACUGAAAAUCCCGACUAUUAACCACCAACAUGAUGGCAGAUCAGACAGUUUAUCAGUGCCAUUUAUUUCAGGGUUUUAAAUGUAGAUAUUGGGAAGAAAGAAAAAGGGGGCGUGAGUAUUUUUUCAUUUUCAAGGAGGGAGUUGUUGAAGAUUGUAUUUGAAGCUUGGACCACUCUGUACUUUGGAGGCACUGGCCCAGGUGCAGGAUACGCUCAGCAGCUUUGGUACAGUGAAUUGAAAGUCGACACAUCUCUGGCUAAUGUAAUAUAUGGUUUUGCCAAAACGAACGAUGAUACUGUGGCCUCUGCGUUAAAAGUCUCCUGCCCUGGUUUAGAGCACAAUUUUAUUAUUAGUCAGUGAAUAGUGAGUGCAGACAUUUGCCACAGAGAAACAGUGUUUUGUUUCACUAAUUUCACUAUAUGAGGCACUUCUACCAUGAAAUUCACAAAGGUGUGCAGAAAUUACCACAAAAUAGCCAAAUUUACUCUACAUUGACAUUAAGGCCCCCAAAAAACUCAGCUCAUCUGCUGUAUCAGGGCUGCAUGGGUGUGGUUUGAAUCAGAUUUGUUUGACAGACACCAAAAUAAACUGCCCUCAGUGUUGCUGAAUCCUGAUUGGUGCACAGAAGUACCUUUUUUCCAGCUGAGCCCCGCCCACUUCAAACCAGUGAGAAGAGACCAGAGAGACAAAGAAACACAGAUAAUCUCUCAUGUAAAAUAACCAAAAUUUUCCAAACUUUCUCACAAAAUUGUGCUUCAUGCAGGAGCCCGUCGCUCACUGCAAGAAGGUGAUUGAGAAAACACAUUUUCAGGGGCCUUUAAAUGUAAAGAUUAGCAUGCAGAUAUACUCCAAGUGUGCGCAAGUGGCUCAAAUAGUGUAGCCUGAGGUUAUCCGAAUUUUAUCCCACUGGGAAAGCUUUAGAGUUGAGGCUAUUGGGCAAAAAAAAAAAAGCAUGUCUGCAGAGGUUAUGAAUAUUCAUACACUCUGCUUCCCACUCUGUGUCUGAAGCUGCACCAUUGGGGUUUAAUAGGAUUUACUCACAGAAUAAACCAAAAAUUUAGAAAUUCUAUUUGAAUGAAAGAGCAUCCGAGUGCUAGAGGUGGCGAUAAAGGCCGUGGUGGUUAUGAUGAUGGAUUUCUGGCGGUUUUAGACUCAAGGCCUUUGACGCCCUGUCCCCUUUUCUCUUCUGUCAGUGCAAACGAAACAUAUCUGGUACAAACUUUGACAGUCACUUAACAUCUUUUGUGUUGUGUUGUUGUUUUUUUUGCUGGGGAUGAGUAUUCUGGAUUCACAUGAAAACACAAAAAGGUUACUUUGUAAAGUUUGUACAAAAAAAAAAGCAUUGCUUUUGCCUGUUUUUUGGGGGGGAUAUUUUCCAUUUCUCUUGAAUAAUAAUGCAACAUUUUUACUACUAGGCAAGUUUGGUUGAAGCUGUGAAUAAUCAUUGAGCCACUUUGCUUUAGUUCUGGUUCUGAGGAUUCUGUUGAUCAUGAUCUGUUGAAAGAAGUCAAACCUUUAAUGAUGCCACCAACUCAGUGCCAAUUUUUUUUUUUUUUGUUUGUCAGUGGAGUGGAAAUAUCAGAGGUAAAGAAUUAAAAAAAGUGUGUUUUUAGCUGCUUUUACUCACUGGAGCUGGUUUGGUUGCCAGGUACAGUAACAUCCUGGAUUUUCACUUUGCAAUUGCUCGAGCCUCAAAUGAUUUCCACAGUAGAAGUUUGCUGUGUGUCAUAAUGACUAUGAAAGGAAUGCCUACUGCAAUGCAAUAUUAUUUAAAGUUACAGUAUGCUAUCUAGCUCUGAGGUUACACUUUUUGGGUUUGACAGUCACGCCCCUGCUGGAGGACGUACUUUUAAAAAGCUGUAGAGUUCAUCAGUGGGUGCAAUUAUUGUGAAGUUUUUGUUGUUGUUUUUUUUUAAGAGUUGUAGUGGAGGACUCUUACUGUGAAAGGCUGGAGAGUUGUCCAGUGCGGGCGCUCUUAUUGUGAAGUUUCCUGAAGUUAAAGUGGAAAAGUAGGCUUCUUUCUCCUGGUGACACACAUACAGUGUAGCAACAGUUGUUUUUAACUCACUCGUGUUAGAUUCAGUUUAUGUUCAGGACUCGCUAUCUUUUCAUGCUGUUUACUGUAGAAGUGCAAAACACACACACACACACACACACAAACACACACACACACACACACACACACACACACACACACACUUCCAGAUGAAUUCGCCUCCCUGCUGUUUCAUGUAGUUUGCUCCUGUGGAAUGACGUCGAGCCUCGAGCACAGCAACAGUUUCUCCUGCAGACUGUUACUGAACGUGCUGAUUCUGUUUCUGGUCUCUCUGACGCUCUCAUGUUUCUUUUUUUUUUAUUAUUAUUUCUCACCUGUUUUUAUCAGCUGUUUUAACGUCUCUGAUGCGGCGCCUAAAUUCAUUCAGUGGUUUCAUCUUUCUGUAUCGUGUUCGACAUUGUACAAAGCGGCUGGAUUGAAAAAGAAAAAAAAAAACACGUGGAUGAAUGAAUGAGAGAAAAAAUAAAUAAGUAGGGAGUCAUCGACAGCCUUUAAAGGUAUGUUUUGCACUAAGUAUAGAGUGUUCAAGCUUCAUAUUAAAAAAGAACCUUUGCGCUUUGCGCUACAAUACAAUGAAAUUUGUUACUUUAUUUGUAAAAACUUAAUAAAUAAAAGUUGUUUAAAUGAA